UCCAUCAGACCAGUAAGUUGAUAUGAUUUUGUCUGGAUUAUCCGUCUCCUUACUGGUGUCUCUAUUGAUCCCGCUCGGGGCGAUCAAUUCAGGCAGCUACAACGAACCGUCCGGCUGCGGUAGCGGAUUCUACAUGUCGGCCUUGUACAGGCUCCAAGAGCUCUCGGUCCGGUCUAAGCUUGAGUGCGCCACCUACUGCCAAACGGAAUCGUCCUGCAAGUCCUUCAACCUGAUCGAAAAUGAAGACGGGAGCAAGUCCUGUCAACUGAACACCGGAUCUGCCGGACCAUCCGGGAAUGGAAUCAUUAGGGCAUCCGAUGUGAUCUCCGGAAAUUAUAGUUUCUUCGAAAAGUACACUGGACUGGCAGAAGAGACUUGCUCCAGUAUUGGUUCGUGUCCACAGGGUCACUACAACGCCAACACGGAUUCUGACGAAACCUGCGACUGGUGUGCCAAUGGUGUGAGGCAAGGUGCCUGUGUCGCCUGUCAGGCUGGGCAAUACCAAGACCAAUAUGGCUCGUCAGCGUGUCUCCCGUGCCCAAGCGGGAGCUACCAAAACGAAAGUGGGUCUGCAGAAUGCCUUCCAUGUCCACCUGGGCAAUUCCAAAGCGAAACUGGGUCUCAGACCUGCAUACCGUGCGCUGUAGGAGAGUACCAGAACCAGAACGGGUCAACGUCAUGUUUGCCUUGUCCGGUCGGGCAGUUCCAGAGUUCUUCUGGGCAGGCAACUUGUUCCCUCUGCCAAGCGGGCCACUACCAAGAUACCAUCGGUCAGACAACCUGUUCCUCUUGCCCUGCUGGUCAAUAUCAGAACUCAACCGGGCAGUCAACUUGUAUCCAGUGCCCUGUGGGGCACUACCAAAGCUCUGUAGGACAGGCGGCCUGCACAGCUUGUCCCAUUGGGCAAUACCAGAGUGCAACUGGAGCGGUAUCUUGUGUCAGUUGUUCAUCUGGGUCCACAACGGCGGCAACAGGGUCCACAAGUGCGUCUGACUGCAUUGGUGAGUAUGAAUAA